CAGGCUGGCAGUUCACUCCAGCUCAGUGGGGCCUGAAGUCGUAGAGCUGCCACCAGCCUACUCAGGCACUGACUCCCAGGCCACCACACACCAUGGCUAUGAAAGUAGACAGCAGGUCCAGCGGGCUCCCCAACAGUGACUGCGACCUGGGCACAGCCAGGGAACAUAUCCAGGCGGUCACCCGAAACUACGUCACCCACCCCCGCGUCACCUACAGGACAGUGUGCAGCGUCAAUGGGCCCCUGGUAGUGCUGGACCAGGUCAAGUUCGCCCAGUAUGCUGAAAUAGUCAACUUCACCCUCCCCGAUGGGACUCAGAGGAGUGGCCAAGUGCUUGAAGUGGCUGGGACCAAGGCCAUUGUACAGGUGUUUGAAGGGACCUCCGGGAUCGAUUCCCAGAAGACCACCUGUGAGUUCACAGGGGACAUCCUGCGGACUCCAGUGUCAGAGGACAUGCUGGGUCGGGUUUUCAACGGCUCGGGCAAGCCCAUUGACAGAGGGCCAGUGGUCAUGGCGGAGGACUUUCUGGACAUCAAUGGCCAGCCCAUCAACCCCCAUGACCGCAUCUACCCUGAGGAGAUGAUUCAGACGGGCAUUUCUCCCAUUGACGUCAUGAACAGCAUUGCCCGUGGUCAGAAGAUCCCCAUCUUCUCAGCAGCCGGACUCCCCCACAAUGAGAUUGCUGCCCAGAUCUGCCGCCAGGCUGGGCUGGUGAAGAAAUCCAAGGCAGUGCUGGAUUAUGAUGAUGACAACUUCGCCAUCGUCUUUGCAGCCAUGGGGGUGAACAUGGAGACAGCCAGGUUCUUCAAGUCCGACUUUGAGCAGAAUGGAAGCAUGGGGAACGUCUGCCUCUUCCUGAACUUGGCCAACGACCCCACGAUUGAGCGGAUUAUCACCCCACGUCUGGCACUGACCACUGCUGAGUUCCUCGCCUACCAGUGUGAGAAGCACGUGCUGGUCAUACUGACUGACAUGAGUUCCUACGCGGAGGCCUUGAGAGAGGUCUCAGCUGCCAGAGAGGAAGUGCCUGGGCGCAGAGGUUUCCCUGGAUACAUGUACACAGACCUGGCCACCAUUUAUGAGCGAGCAGGCCGUGUGGAGGGCCGGGGUGGAUCCAUCACACAGAUCCCCAUCCUCACCAUGCCCAAUGAUGAUAUCACCCACCCCAUCCCAGACCUGACAGGCUUCAUCACAGAAGGACAGAUCUAUGUGGACAGACAGCUGCAUAAUAGACAGAUCUACCCCCCCAUCAACGUGCUCCCUUCCCUGUCGCGACUGAUGAAGUCCGCCAUCGGGGAGGGCAUGACGAGAAAGGACCACGGGGAUGUCUCCAACCAGUUGUACGCCUGCUACGCCAUCGGGAAGGACGUGCAGGCCAUGAAGGCAGUGGUGGGGGAGGAGGCGCUCACCUCCGAGGACCUGCUGUACCUGGAAUUCCUGCAGAAGUUCGAGAAGAACUUCAUCAACCAGGGACCCUACGAGAACCGAUCGGUGUUCGAGUCGCUAGACCUGGGCUGGAAACUGCUGCGCAUCUUCCCCAAGGAGAUGCUGAAGCGCAUCCCGCAGAACGUGAUCGACGAGUUCUACUCCCGCGAGGGGGCGCCGCAGGACACGGUGUCCGACACUGCGCUCUAGCCCCGACGGAGCCUGGCGCAGCUGCACGGUCCGGUUACCCCUGUCUUACGUGCCCGUGGUUGGCCACCUUUCCCCAUUCGCCAUCUGCCUCCCGCCAUCUCCCUCUCCGACGUUCCCCCGCUGCCCGCAAUACCUGAACUCACCACUUCCGCGUCCACCUUCAGACCCCUACAGGCUAUGGGGGCUCCCCAAACUCUGUCUUCCUAGACUUCAGCACUGGGAAAGACCACAAAGGAAAGCCCAUGUCCUACUAUAUUUUUAUUUUAAAUGAUUUUUUUUUUUUUCUGUGAUCGUGAUGCUGCUGCUGGAGACCUAACCCAGGCCCUUGGGCAUGCUAAGCAGCAGUUCUACCACUGAGCCACACCCCCAGCCCUGAAUUUUUAUUUUAAAAGCCCCCAAGAGAGAAGUAACAAAGAUGAAUUAUCUUAAGUGAAAAAGAUUGACAAGAAAAUUUGGUAAUUGUUGAAGGUGCAAGUGAUGGAUGCAUGAAGUUCCUUAUACUACUAGUCUCGCUCCUAAAAGGGGAGGGGGGGUGGAUGAGGAGGAAAGGAAGGAAGGAGAGAAAGGAAAAGAACAGAGAAAGAAAAAAGCUGCAUUAGUGCCUCAAGAGCUGACAAUAGAAUUCCUCUUGGGGGAUGUAUUUGUCCUUUUAAGAGGUAUCUUAUAUGUUUGGCUUUUAAUAGUUCUGCCCCAGAGAAACUGGGGAGGAAUUUGGUUUGCUGCAGACAGGAAGGGAAAAGAGUCCUUAGGGAGAUAGCCCGACAGACAUGACAGCCCGUGCAGAAGGUUGGGAAAGACCCCUAAAAUCAAGAAAUUGGCGAAGAGCAUCCCAAAAUUCAGGAUGCCUGAGGCAUCCUUGGAAAUGACCUACUCUUCUGUGAUGUCCUAUCCUCCUGUCUCUCUACCCCAUCUACAAGAAAGUCAUGAAUAAUUCUUUAAAAAGCUUUGACUGGCUGGGUGCACACGCCUGUAA